AUGGAGGAGGACCUGCAAAAGCUCCUCCAGGGCCUGCAGGCUUUAACGGGCGGCGACGGCCCCACGUUAGACGCCUUCGUGUCCAGAGACGCCGCCGAGCUGCUCCGAGAAAGGGGCACCGCACCGAUCUCCGAGGACGACCGCGUGCGCUACGAGGUGCACCCGCUCGACGACGCUCCGAUCGAUCAACUACUAAACACCGUUUCCAAACAAAUGAAUGAGUGGUCCGGAGCUCACGCCUGGCGCGACGCCGGCGCCCCCUGCGCCUCACUUCAGAAGUGCAAGGCGCACGUCGCGGCGUCGAUCACGAUCAGCGAUUUGGACGACGAGUGGCUCCUCGUGUCGCUCCUCGCAGAUCUUACAAGAAUGGAGCGCGUCGCCUGCCGCGUGACCGAUAGUGAUGGGGAGUUCCUGCUCGUCGACGCGGCCGAUCACCUGCCCGAUUGGCUCGAACCGGAGAGUGCCGUGGGGCGGACCUGGCUCGUUGCUGGUAGUAUUGCUGUGGUAUUGGAUGAACCGGGCGGGCCGUUACCCCUUCAGAAAGGUCUGGGGCUCUGUUGUUCUUCGAGGGACAACGCGGCCUCGAGGGAAGCAACAUCAGCUUUAAGGCGACGCGAGCGGUCGUUAAAGGAAGGCGCUCAAACGUGUGUGCUGGGGCGGCGCCAGAACGUCGUGGUGUCUAUGCCUUCACAUGCGUGGCGCGUUUUUCGAAGGGCUCCUCGAUUGCUCGGGCCCGCCGCGGCCAAGGCGCCGCGGCGAGCUCCUUCGUCCAAGUCCACGACGGAGGGUAUUGUAAGACUCUCAAAGGCAUCCUACGCGCGGCUGAGUGCGUCGACGGACGACAUCGGCGCGGCGCUCGCGGCGGGACUUGAUAUAAUAAGGAAGGCGCCCUCGGCUCGUGAACGGGAAUUAUUGAAGAGCGACACGCUGCAACCGGCGGAGACUGACGUGGACGACGCGUCGUGGUUGCAAGUAGACCAGGAGACGCUGGAGCGGAAGUGUUCUGCGGUCGCGACUCCAAAUGAUGUGGUAAGUGGUGUGCACGAUUUCCUCGAGGAAGAUAAUGAGGAGGAGACGAUGCAACCGGUGGCCGUCGAUGGUGAAGCGGUCGCGGCGUUGCUACGGGGCGAGGCCGCGCCGGCGCGUCCGCCGGACGCCGAAGUCAUGGACGUCCUCCGGGGGCUCCGCGACGCGGCCGGAGCGCAUGCUACCGCCGUCGCCGUGGACGGGCCGGACUCGGACGACGAAGUGGAAGAGGAUGAUGUGUAUGCGGCCCAGCUCGAGGCCGAGCUCGCCACCACCGAAAUGGCGCAGUCCUUCGACCGGCCUACCGAUGAUGAUGAUGCGCCCGUCGACGUCGACUUCAACCUCGUGAAGAAUUUGUUGGAGAGCGUCGAGGCGCAGGACGGGGCGGGGCCCGGCGCGGCGGCGUUAUUGCUCAACGAGCUCGGGCUCGAGCUGCCGGCGGAUGAUGACUAGUUUGUUGUAAUGUUUCUUACGUGUCGAAGCUGGCGAGCUUCUCGCGCGCCGCAGUCAGCUCGCGCGGAAGAUACGUCCAAUUCGGAUGAUCAGGUCCGAAAGGCCGAGGAGAACAACUUGGACGGCAAGGCCAAGAAUGAGAGGUUCAAGCGAUGGUAUGCGUGCAGUCUGUGCGAGCAAGAGUACCACGGCGUCGUCCGAUGCGCGCUCGGGUGGGCGUGUUGGAAGACGUACGUGGGUCGGCCAGAGACGGACUGGGCUCGGCGUGACGCGAUCACACAGCUGGGGACCGGUCUAUCCGCCGCAAAACACCACAAGACCGCGUUGUCCGUGCGAGAGGCCGAGCUGUCCAUGGAGCGCCGCCUGGGUGGAUCGGAACACGCCAUGCUCACCGCUCAAACCAAUCUUGCGAUCACAUAUGGAGAGCUUGGUAACAUGGAGAAGGCCCUAAGCAUGGAACGAGACAUAUACUCCGGACGUCUGAAGCUCCAUGGCGAAGAACAUGAGAACACCGCAAUAGCAGCCAGCAACUAUGCGAUAUCCCUUAACGAAUUACGGCGCUUCAAGGAAGCCAAGGCGUUUCUGCGCAAAACGAUGCCCGUGGCGCGGCGUGCUAUCGGCGAGAGUCAUGAACUCACGCUAAAGUUGCGGCGGAAUUACGCGCAGUCGCUCUGGAGGGACGACGGCGCCACGCUCGAUGAUCUCCGCGAGGCCGUGACGAUGCUCGAGGAUACGGCACGGACGGCGCGGCGCGUGCUAGGCGGCGCACACCCCAUCACAACGGGGAUUGAGCACGAAAUGCGAGACGCGCGAGCAGUGCUCCGCGCCCGCGAACCGCCGGACGCAUAA